GGUGAGGCUGAGGGUGGUCUCGGACGGAGUGAGUGAUUGACAGACAGGUCGCCUGCCCUGGAGCGCGGAGGGUGCUGUCUGACUUGGUUCCCACAAACAGAGCCAGCGGCGCGACUGAGGGAGACAUGGGUGACCCAGCUGGCUGAACCCACCAACAAAACUUAAAGUGUCCUGCUGCAGAUCCCUCUGGGUUACAGAUCCAUAAUUUAGCCCUACACCAAGAACAGACCUUGGAACAAAUAUUUAGCCCAGUAUACCAGAUGAUCGCCUUUAUCUCUUGCCUAUGCCAUGGAAUCGUUUUGGCCUCCAUUCUUUUGACUCCAGCUGGAGUAGGAAUUUUUGGAGGGACUGAUGUUCUCUAUGGAAGAAUCGGAACAGAUAUUACGUUGAUAUGCAAGGCUGCUAAUAACAGGAUUAUUCAAUGGAAGGUUAAUGGGACCUUUGUGACCUUAAGUAAUAAUUUGAAAGAACAAAGUGGAAGUCUUGUUUUAUUGAUGGCAGACUUGUCAAUGGAAGGAAAUUACAGUUGCCAUGAUGAGACUGCAAGAUUGUUGUACUUGACCCAACUAAAACUUGGAUAUCCUCCAAGUAAGCCAUUGGUGCACUGCAUGGCUUCAAAUUUUUAUAGAAUUUCUUGCAUGUGGGAGAAUAGUCAAGAGGGGUCCUUUCCUGUCCGUUACAUUGCAACUUAUAGGACUCCAAGCAGCAACAUUUUUAACUGUCCUAGAGAUUCUCUUAGCAAUAUUUGCCAAAUAGACAAUCCUCAAAUGUUUGCAUCCUUGCCAUAUGUUAUAAAUAUAACUGCAGUCAACCCUAUUGGCCACAGGACGACAUUGUUGGAUAUUAUGCUAUUUGAUAUUGUUCAGCCGGAUCCACCUGUAAAUGUAACAGCUGAACCUGUUUUUGGAUCUCCUAGAAGAAUCAGAGUGCAGUGGGAUUAUCCACUAUCAUGGGGAUCACAAUUCAAAUUAAAAUUUGUUUUGGAAUACAAACUCCAGAAAUAUAACUUCUGGUCAAGGUUGGAUACUAAAAUGACAACAGAAAUCAUCACUGAUGCCAUUGCUGCUCAACUGUAUGCGAUUCGUGUCAAAACAAAAGAUUUUUUUGACAAUGGUAAAUGGAGCAAUUGGAGUUCGGAAGUAUUUGUCACUCCAUGGAGUGAAACCACUACAGAAAGUAUCCAAUCUACUUUCACCACACAGAUGAUGGACUUUGUACAAACUCACAGUCAAUCAACAACACCUACCCUCUCUCCAAAUGUAAUCCCUUCAAGUUCUGAUGUACUUGAUAGAAAUACUGUCAUACUGAUCUCAAUCGCCACUUCAAUUGGCAUCUGCAUUGCAGCCACUACAUUUCUGUUAUGGAUUAGAAGUCGACGACAAGAGUUGGAUAAGAAUGACAUUCUGACCAAGAAGGCACUAACCCUUUGAUAAUGUGGUGUGUAUCUAUUUGGGACAACUCAACUCUUUACCUUUGUGCAAUCUUCACUUUUAUAAAACCGGAGAUUUGUAAAUGAGGCAUUUAAAUUAACAAUUUAAAACCCAGCUUAUUCUCUAUGGUUGAUGAGGUAUACUAAUAGUCAGGCAUCAAAACCUUGUAGUUUUCAAAUUUGAUGUGUUGAUAAAUGACUUGGAGAAAGUUACCACUUGCCCUCAUUUCUUCACUGCCAUCCCUCCUUACCUAGAAAAACAGAUGAAAUGAUAUGGAAGAUGAAGAAUGGUACAGAAGAACACUUGAGGGUGGAUUUGAGGUUGUCACUCAGUUACUUCAGUCUUUUGAAUGUUAUUUGAUUGCUUUUGGGGAGGAGAGUGGAAUUUUCUACAGUUCAUUUCAUGUAAAGUUAUUAUGAUUAAUUUAGUUUUGCCUUCCCAAAAAGAACGUAUGAACAAUGAGAGGAAGGCUACAGUAUGUGGAUGUUAUGCCAGGGUAGGCCAAAUUGACUAGAUAAUCUUCGUCAUUUUUCUUUGUAUUGCUGAUUUUAAAAGAAAAUCUACAGUAUAGCACUAGAUUAUGUGACAUUGAAUUUUAUGAUUACCAUUGGCCAUUUUAUCAUUAAAGGUGGUUUCUGUUUACAGCUCAGCAUACAUAUUGUUGAGGGAGAAUUCUGGCUACUGUAUCACAUGGAGAACCUCUUCACUAUUGUACAGUUCUUCAACUAACUGAAAAACAUUGAAGAAAUUGAUCACUGGGCUUUAAAUUGAAGGAAAUGUCCAGAAUUGCCAACUAAAUAAUUACUAGAUUUAACUGUUUAGUUAUCUUGACGUGAGCUAUUGUUGUACCAUCCUUUUACUUCACAAAGCUGUUUAAACGGCUUGAAAGCCAAUCUGUUUAGAUUCCCAGUGAGAUUGCUAUACUUCCCGAAUAUAAUUAUCCCUUGCGUUUCAUUUGACUUUGUAGUCACUAAUACUCUAAGGUUGUCACUGUGCUGUUGCAGAUUUGAAGUAAAAUCUUUUGAUGCAGUUUUAUAACUUUAAGGGUUGUAUAAAGAGGAACAUGAAGAACCCAACAAGCAACCUACAGUUGUUUCUGCUAUAAGACACGUUUAUUCAACACUAAUUGACUAUAACAAGAAUUUAGACUAUUAUUUGUAGAAUGCGAACUUUCCUUACAUGUAUGGCUAUAAUGUGAUUCUGGUCCCAUUGGUUUAAAUGGUGUUGCUAUUAUGUUAUUUCUUAUAACACGGGAUCGCAUUAUAUCAGAGCAGACUGAAUAAGUUCUCUGUUGUAUGGGUCACACCAAUAGGAAUAUCAUGGUCAGUUCAGACGGUGACACAAAGGCUAACUGCCGGGGGGGGGGAGUGGUCAGCAUGAUAUAAUGGUUACAAAAUAGCUGUAAGUGCUAUGGAUCACUCAAUCUUUAUUGCUUUAGUGACCUACAUGAUAUUGUUGCCACUUGCAACAAGAUGAUACCAACAAGUAGAACUAAGUUGAGGAAACAUUGUUUUUGAGUAGAUAUCUGAGCCUGUUUGGGACUUCUGUGCUUAUCUUAAAGCACAGCCUUCAAGAAACUGAUUUACUGUGACAGAAUUUGGGGAGCAGGGUGCAAGAAGUGAAAAGACAAAUAAUUUAUUGAAGGUCAUUAUUGAAGUAUUGAAUUGCUGUAUUCAAGGCUGGUCACUUUAAUUAAAUUUUCACUCAUUACUGAACUAGUUACAAAUGUAGUACAACAUAUUCCAAUUCCUGAGAGAAAUGGUCUAAAAAAUGACAACAUUUCUAUGGUCUAAUAUUGGUCGAGAUCAGGUGCAGAAGUUUGGAAUGGUUUCAGGGGCUAUAAAAAUGUGAUGAGUGAAUUGAAACUCGUGAAUAUCUUAAAAGCACAUUGAGAAAACAAAUAAUUUGGCAUUGGUUUAUUGAUUCAAAGGUAGCAUUUUAGAAUUGAUUUAGAUUUUUUUCUUGUGGGAUAGUUGUGAAGAGUUAAGUCAAAUACUACUUUGCAAAAUUGUUACAGCACCAACCCCAUCCCAUCUGUGCCCCCUUUCGUAGGAGGAAGACACCUAGCCGCUCGUUAUGGCUGUACACAUUUCCUUUUUGAAUACCAAAACUGAAUCUGUCCCGUCACAAUCUCAGGCAAUGCCUUCCUCAUACCCCUGAUACUCCCACUUGAUGAAACCUUUUCUCAUGUUGCCAUUUUCUCCUCUUCUAUAACAUUUAAAUCUGUAAUUCCAAUUUUGAUUCCACCAGCUGCCAUGAUGGGAGAUUUGAACUCAUGUCCCCAGAGCACUGUCCUCGCUCUGUAGUUUAUUAUUCAGUGGUUACUAUUACAUUACCAUAUGCACAGGUUGAAAGUAAGUCUACCAGAUACCUUUAACAACAGGAACCAGUUAUACGAAUCACAGCAUUUCACUUUUUUCUAUAUUCCCUCAAACAAAACAUCUGCUUGACAAAUAAUGACUUCUUAAAAAGAGAAUUAUAUCCAUAUAAUGUAUAAAUACUAUAAUUUUGUUGGUUUAGAUACUAUAUAAAAUUGAAUGUCCCUUUGUGCCAAAGAGUUAUUAUAAAUUAUAAAACAAAACAAAUGAAGCAUAAAAAUAUUUAUGCCUUUAUCAUUUUGGUCAGCCUUUAAUUCCAGAUCGAUCAUCUUCGUUGCAAAUAUUGAAUAAAGCUCCAAAUUUAAAAUUUGAGGGGACUGCACUUUUGUUAUUUACACACAUCAGAGCGAGAGUGUCAGAUAUUGUGGUCGGAGAUUUGGCUGAUUUAACUGGAGGGGCUUACAUAAACAACACUUAAUGAAACUCUGCAGGCGUCAUACACAGACAAUUGCUUAAAUUUGAAACAAAGCCUAAAGGCCUAAGUCAAGUGUGCAGUUGCGGUUCUUAAGUUUGAAUAAUGUAUUUGCUGCAUUCUUGAUGCCUCAGUGACACCCAGUAGACUGAUGAUGCAAAUACUUCCUGCACUAGUUUGAAAUGAACCAGUGACAUAAAAUUGGGGCUGUGCACACUGGAAGUGUAUUUAGUUUUGUCUAAAAAUCCUAAAGUUGUGACUGCAUCCUAGCCUAACCUUUGUCUCCAAAGCAGUGUCUGUCAGUCACUGGCAGGCACUUGUGCAGGAUAGGCUGCCAGCACUCGCUGAUGUUUCCAACGGUCCCUUUUUAGUUUCCCUUUGUAUCACAACUGGUAUCAGAAAAAUACUACACCUUGGCAUCAGACUGUGAUGUCUGUGUAUAUAGACUCUUAUUGAUACUAAACUUUAGACGUACUGACAGGUGGUCAUUUAAGAAGCUUAUUAUGAAUAAUUUACAAUCCAUAAUAUAGCAUGUUAUUCAUUUAUUAAAAUAUUAUUUAGAAAAUCAA